UGUCACAUUUAAUGAAUUUUUCCGAGUGUCAUAACCGUAUAGACAGCAUUCGCUGCGCAGCGCCGACACACCCCGCCGCCUUCCAUACACGUCAACUUUGUACUGAACACAAGAUGAGCGAUACAACGCCGGAUUUGCAGCAGGAGCAGUCCACCAAGGAGGCGUACUUCGCCACCCUCGCGGAGUGGGCCAAACAGGCGUCGAUUGCGCAGAACGCAAUGUCCAUGUUUCCCUACUAUCUGCUGGCCAAUUACCCACAGUUAUUCCAGGGACAGACAGCUGGUCAGCCGCUCCUGACCGUAGGCCAGCCCACGGCGACGACGCCUCUUUUCGCAGGACCGCCCAUUCCCAAUUCUGGGAGUCCUCCGCCGCCAGGACAGCCAGGACCGCCACAGACCUUCAACCGCUUCCGGGUGCUCGACGAGGCGCAGCAACUGGAGACCAUACAGCGAGUGGGCGGCUACGAGUACGUGGUGGCGCCCUUCUGGAAACGAGCAGUGGCGGAAACAAUCGAUGUCUUCAUCCUGUUUAUCCUGAAGAUCAUCAUUACGUUCGGUGUGGUGAACCUAUUCGACCUGGACUUUGACAAGGAGGUGAUGCGGCGAACGCUGGAAGAGGACGACCUGUUGAUGAACUUCUUCGACAUCUCGUUCGACUUCAUCUCGAUGUCUACCGACCUGCUGCUCAUCGAGCUCCUGACCAAGCUCACGGUAUGCUGCUACGAGGCGGUGUGGACCGCCUACUGCAACGGGGCCACGCCUGGCAAGUCGCUGAUGAAGAUUCGCAUUCACUAUGUGGAGGCUGUCAUGCCGCUGCAGGCGCCCCCCCUGCCGCAGUUUGUGCUACAGCCGCAACGGGAGCCAAUGCGCGCCUUGCUCUAUCCGGCACAGACGCCCAGUCUGUUGCGGGCCUUCGCUCGUGCUCUGGCCAAGAAUAUGGUGAUGACGCUGCUCUUUCCCAUCUGCGUCGUGAUGAUCUUCUUCAAGAACAACCGUACCGCCUACGACAUCAUGACAAAGACGAUAGUGGUGGAGACCAAUUCGAAUGCCGUGUUCCGGACCCAAGUUCCGCCACAACAGAGAAACCGCUAAGCUUGGACCAGACCGGUGUGGAAUCAGCCAAAUUGUUUAGUAAUUUAUACAUUUGUAGUACUCUUUCCUAAUUAUAUAUACAUAUAUAUAUAUAAGUACAUAUGUAUAUGUUAUUGUUAAAGCUAAAUUUAAUGUCGUUAUGUACUGCUGUCCUGUGAAAUAAAACUAAAUCUCAUAGAA